GAUGAACACGUAUGAAGAGUACGACGAAGAUGAGCUGGACAACUUCAUCAUCCAGCUCAACAUUCAAGACUCCUGCCAGGAGGCCUUCCUGAAAUCUGCAGCGAGUCUAGCAGCAGCAACAGAGGAGAACCUGAGAGUCCUGGCUGCCAUCGAGCAAGGGGAAGUCUUGGUGCUCAGGGAGAUGCUGAGACACACCUUCGCCUUCGAGGAACCGGACAGUCGAGGCUGGCUUCCCCUCCAUCGAGCUGCAGCCCAGCCGGUCCUGGAGGUUCUGGAGACGGUCUUGAGAUUGACAGCUCAGGGGCUCAGCCUGGAGGAGAGGACGGCCGCAGGAGGAGAGACGCCGCUGACUCUGGCGGUAAAAGCCGGGCUGGUUCAGAACGUGAAGAGUCUGCUGGUUCACGGAGCCUCACCUCACAACGCCAACAGCAAGAACGAGACGCCGCUGCUGCUCGCGGUGAGAGCCGCUUCUUACGACAUGACGUCCUCGCUGGUCGCUCACGGCGCCUGGGUGGAGCAGGUGUGCAGGAAGAAGUGGACGGCGACUCACGAGGCAGCCAAAGUCGGCAGCGUGGAAAUACUGAUGCUGCUGCUGAGGAACGGCGGGCGGGUGAACCACAAGGACAUGACGGGAGUGACGCCGCUCGCCGUGGCUGCAGAGCACGGACACUUCCCCAUCGCUGAGAUUCUGCUGAACUGUGGUAGCAAAGUGAACUCUCAGGCGUGUAACGGGGAGAGCGUCCUGCUGGAUGCAGCUGGAUCAGGAAACACGGGCUGCAUUCAGCUGCUGCUGGACAACGGAGCCAACCCCAACCUGCCCAGCAUGACCGGACACCUGCCCAUCCACAAGGCUGCGUACGCCGGACACUACGAUGCUCUGAAGAUGCUGAUUCCUCUGACCACAAAGAAAGCCAUCAAAGAGGCGGGUCAGAGCCCGGUGCACUCUGCAGCAGAGGGGGGUCAGAGCCGCUGUCUGGAGCUCCUGUUGGCGUGGGGCUUCGACGUUAACUACCGCAUGAGCACCAGAAACUCUGAAAACUACCGCGACAUGAGGAGAAGCGCUUUACACUUCGCCGUCUCCAACGGGGACGUCAAAUGCACCAAAAUCCUGCUGGCAGCCGGGGCGAAGACGGACCUGGACCCGCUGUGCUGCCUCCUGGUGGCGGUCAGGUCGGCGCGGUACGAGAUCGUGAAGCUGCUGCUGGCGGCCAAAGCGGACGUGAACUGUUACUUCACGGUGGUGAGCGACACGGUGUUCCCCACGGCGCUGCAGUACUGCCUGAAGGACGAGGUGAUGAUGAGGCUGCUGCUCAACAACGGCUACAAGGUGGAGAGAUGCUUCCACUGUCAGCAUGAAGAAGAGGUCGAUGAAGCAGACGAAGGGGAGCGGAAGAUUCCUUUCUGUGAGUUCAUGAACCUCUGCUGCAUCAUGCAUCUCUCUGGGAGCGUGGUCCGGACUCUGCUGGACUACGUGAGCCACGUCCACAUCUGCUCCAAGCUCAGAGUCCUCCUGGAGAAGCAGCCAGAGUGGGUUGAAAUAUGUGACAUCCUCAGCAGUCCUCGCUCCCUCAGACAUCUCUGCAGACUGGAGAUCCGGAGGCGUCUGACCCUGAAGAGACUCAACAAACCGGAGAUCAUGAACUCGCCUGUUUUCCCUCCCAGACUGAAGAGCUUCAUUCUGUACCAGGAGCUCGACCUCUACAGCCAGGACCCUGAACGCACCAUCUGAGGGCGUCCUCUGUAUUCUGAAUAAUCAAUGAUUUACUGCUGUAUAUUUCCAAAAAAACAUCCAACAUUAUUAUUAUUGUUAUUCAUAUUAAGACACCUACUGAGCUGUUAAUGGUCCUUUAUAACAGACUGUGUUGAAUACUUGAUUCUGAUUGGUCCAAACCUCAUUAAAGCAAAGGGAGAAUGAUCCGACUCGUCAAAGCCAAAUAACAGCUGUGAUUCAUUCUAGAACGCAGAAGAGACACCAGGAACAACCUGAUCACACACGUCAUAUCAAAUCACUCCACAGAAAGUAGUCCCUCACAUUCCCCCUCUGCCUGUUGACACUGUGGUAAAAACAUUAGUGUGGCUUCCGGCUGGUUUUGAGAAUGGGGGAAUAAUGAUGGUUUCCUGCUCACCCUGUUGGUGUUAGAACUUCCAUAACCACCUGUUCACCAUAUAUUAUCCCUUAUAUGUUGGUUAUCUAAUGAUGGGACAUAAACCAUGAGUAAUGAUGUGCUGCUAAUAUGUUUUGUACGUGUGUUCAAAGUUAAAAAGACAAACUCAUCAAGGCAGUGGUUCCCAAAGUCGGGUUAGGGAUGCUGAUGGUGGGGAGGUCCUGAGAUGCCUUUAAAAAAAAGAAAAAAUAUAACUUGUUAUUAUUCAAAUGUGUAUAUUUGAUUUAUUCUUGUACAAAUAUAUACAAAUUAAAAG